GAGAGAGACGAUGGAUCACAAGGCAGUUGCGGAAGAGCAAAUCGUAUUGGAGAGGAUUAGGAGAAAAAUCGAGGAAGUAAAAGCAGCUGGGCUGUCGCAGCUCUCUCCUAUACAAGAACAUAUCAGUUUCACCCUUCAGGUAUAUAUAUAUAUUUUAACGAAUGAAUUGCAGCAAGCUUAUUUUAAGUGUGCACACGAGUGCUUUGAGAAAAGAAGAACGAAAGAUGUGACAAAUAACUGCGUUGAGCUCUGCCGUGUUCCCGUUGUCAAUUCUCAACAACGAUUCGAUAGCGAGAUGGCCAAGUUUCAGGAAAGGAUGAACAGAUCACUCAUGGUAUGUCAAGACAAAUUUGAGGCUGCGAAGCUAGUUAGUAAAGACAAAUUUGAGGCUGCGAAGCUAGGUAGUAGUAUUAUCAGGAUUGAUGCCGUCAAAGAUCUAGAGGAUUGCGUGACCGAUGCUGCGGCAGCAUUACUUGGCAGCUAAGCAAGAAACGUGCUGUGUUAGUUAGGGUUUUAUAGGUUUUUCCCAUUUAAAAGUUCGUUAAUUAGGGUUCUUAAUGUUUGUUUUCUUAUUGAUUUUGCUUGAAGUAA